AAUAAUAACAUUGACAUUUGAAUGGGAACUACAUUUCCCAUAAACCCCCAGAGCCAGGGCGAGGAGCCGGAUGUUUACGGUCCGGACGGGAAAUGAUGGUGCCAUGCGAUCGCUGCUGUUUUCUAGAUGGAUUUAGAAAUGUCACGGAGGCGCUUGUAUUAUUUUCACUGGUAUUUGGAUAUACCGUAAGUAACGUCAAUAAAAUGUUAUAGUACUUUAGCUGCAAUACUUCUGCUGCUUAAUUGCUAGUUUAUACACCGGCGUCCACCCUUGCAAGCAAGUCAAGUUUAUUUAUAUAGCACCUUCGGGACGCCUGCCGUUACUUAACCCAGCAGCCAAAUUUUACGUCUCAGCAAAACUGGACGCGAUGGCUGUGCCCGUCUUUAUGAGCGAGAAGAAUGGCACCCGUGCUAUAUUUUGGCGUACAUGCCGAAACGCGUCUUGUCGGUGAAGCCCCGCUCGGGCCGGUGCUGUAUCGGCUACACCGUUUAUAAUCUGUCGGUCAGGUGGUGAUUCAUAGCUGACAGGCUGAAUGCCGCGAUGGUGAUGGUGGUCUUCCUCGCCCAUUAAGGUGCCGAUGACAACCUAAAUGUAAGCAACACCUGACGGGUAACAUAAAGCAGCGCCUGAACCAAAAUGUAAUCGAGUGUCCCCAUAUAGACUCAAACCUCUCCGUUUUUUUUUUAUAUAGUAGAUUUCGCUGAACCAUUCUUUGCCGGCAGAACAAAAUUUGAUAAAACCCUAAUGGAGAUGACAGCAGACUUGAAGGCUGCUUGAUGCACUUAGUGCGCGUAAACUAAUGGUGUGUAAUUAAUGUCAGAGAGUCAGAUCAAUUUUUUUUUUGAACAGAUACUUUUCCCGCAGUUACAACGUGGUCAAUAAUAGAUACAUAACUAGUGCAUGAACGCCUAAUGCUUGAGCUUCAAAUUCUUAUUACUAGGGUGACAUUAACAAUGACUUAAUGUCUGUGAUUUCCCUGGUGUGAAAACUACACCCGUGUGUGUUUCUCACCAGCCCACAGUGACGUUUGCAUUCCUUACUCCAUAUCCACCUCUCUUGGGUUUACCCAGUGGUUUCCUGCCACUUGCAGCAGGACAGCUAAUGUCACACCUCCACAUUCCCCGUUGAAAUCGACUUAAUGACAGUGGUAUUGCAUAUCUUCAGAUUGGUUUAUGGAGACUGCCCCCUUCUGGCCAGUUAUAGCGGUGACUGAUGCUCAUGAGCUUGUUGCUGUCGCGCUCUGCCUUUCUCUGUCUGACCUGCAGGUGCUGCAUGCGUUUGAUCCUGUAGCCUGAGCUGAUUAGUGCAGACUGCUGCCUGGUCCUGCUUCUGGUCUUCCCCGGUCCCAGGCCAGUCCUUCCGUAUGCUAACCCUACUGGGCAUGUUUUACUAUAUCUGUCUGCGGCGCCGGUCCAGAAACGGAACCCGGGGCGAGGUUCUCACCAGCCGGCGGGCCGUCGAAUGCAGCCAGCGCACGCUGCCCCUGAGCGUGGAGGUGAAACAGUACGCUAAGGAGGUGCUGGACUUCAGUUCCCACUAUGGCAGCGAGAACAGCAUGUCCUACACUAUGUGGAACCUGGCUGGCCUGCCCAACGUCUACCCCAGCUCCGGAGACUUCACCCAGACCGCCGUGUUCCGCAUGUAUGGGCCCUGGUGGGAACAGUGCUCCAGCACGCCACAGCUGUUCCCCAGGACGCCCCUCUCCUUCCACAGCCAGGACUACAUCGAACUGGGCUUUGAGGAGCCUGUCUACCCCACUGCCCUGGAAGUGCUGGAGACCUACCACCCAGGCGGGAUUGUCCAGAUCCUGGCCUGCUCGCUCAACCCCUUUUCCCAGAACCCACCUGCUGAUGUCAGGUGGGAGGUGCUGUGGGCGGGGGAGCCCACCAAGAGCCUGAACCCACAGGCCCGGCAGUUUUCUCCCAGCAUCAAGCAGAUAAACUUCGCCACUAACCUGAUUCGGCUAGAGGUAAACAGCUCCAUGCUGGACUACUACACAGAGCUGGAUGCCGUCAUCCUGCGCGGGGUCAAGGAGCGCCCCGUCCUGGCGCUAUACAAGACCCCUAUGCUGGACAUGAGCGAUCUGAGUGAGGGCGAGGAGGAGGACAGGGAACUGGAGGCGUGCUACGGCAGACAGGCCGAAGACGCCAAGCGGGGUACGGGGAAUGGCUACUUUGACAAGCUUCCCUAUGAGCUGAUCCAGCUCAUCGUGAGUCACCUGACCCUGCCAGACUUGUGCCGAUUGGCCCAGACCUGCAAGCUUCUGAGGCAGCACUGCUGUGACCCGCUGCAGUACGUCCAGCUGAGCCUGCAGCCCUACUGGGCCUGGCUGAGCGACGCCUCCCUGGGCUACCUGCAGAGGUGCUGCACCAUGGUCCAGAGGCUCAACCUGUCCUGGACGGGGAACCGCGGGGCUCUCACUGUCACUGGCUUCUGCAGCUUCAUUAAGGCAUGUGGGCAGGGCCUGGUCUGCCUGGAACUGUCCUGCUGCCAUUUCCUGACCGAGGCCUGCCUGGAGGUCAUCUCCCAGACCUGCACGGGCCUGCAGGAACUCAACCUCUCUUCCUGUGACCGGCUGCAGCCCCAAGCUUUCGGGCACAUAGCCAAACUGACACAGCUGCGGCGGCUGGUGCUGUACCGCACCAAGGUGGAGCAAACGGCCAUAUUGAACAUCCUCACCUUCUGCACUGAGCUGAAACACCUUAACCUGGGGAGCUGUGUAAUGAUCGAGGACUAUGACGCGGUGGCCAGCCUGCUUAGCACACGCUGCCGCUCGCUGCUCUCGCUGGACCUGUGGCGCUGUAAGAACCUGACGGAGCGCGGACUGGCGGACCUGGUGUCCGGCUGCCGGCUGCUGGAGGAGCUCGACCUGGGCUGGUGCUCCACUCUGCAGAGCAGCUCCGGCUGCUUCCAGAACCUGGCCCGGCAGCUGCCCCGUCUGCGGAAGCUCUUCCUCACCGCCAAUCGGACCGUCUGUGAUUCGGACAUCGAGGAGAUGGCUGCUGGCUGUCCUGCCCUCCAGCACCUCGACAUCCUGGGGACCCGGAUGGUGAGCCCAGCUUCCCUGUGGAAGCUGCUCCGCUGCUGCCCCUGCCUGCUGCUUCUCGACGUGUCCUUCUGCUCGCAGAUAGACGCGCGUGUCGUCCAGGAGCUGAUUGCGCAUUUCCCCGGCGUGGCCAUCAAGAAGAGCUUCACCCAGUGACUGGGGAGCGCGAUUGCCCUGGCCAUGACGGGAUCUACUGCGGCUGCUCUGCCUCGUCCGGUCGUGGUCCCCAGGUCCUCUUAGUCCUCCAUUUCCCUUUCAGUUUUGGCAAGGAUGCUGAUCUCAGGGCUUGAUUUCUCCACUGCGAUUUUUUAUUUUUUAAUUUCUCCACUGCAAUUUUUUAAUUUCUCCACUGCGAUUUUUUAUUUUUUAAUUUCUCCACUGCGAUUUUUUAUUUUUUAAUUUCUCCACUGCGAUUAUUUUAUUUUUUAAUCCAGAGUAGCUGAUCUCCCAUUCUGUCCACCCACCUCUGCUGAGAUGAUUACCCACAUUAAGUUGUCUUUUCUAUGCAGAAUGAAGUUGUAGAGGUCAGGCAGAUGGAUGCAUCCACUCUACGUCAGCACUGAUGCCCUUAGGUGAACACAUGUGUUGUGGCUCUCCUUACUGAAAGACACGACCAUGUUCAGUGUUGCUCCUGUCUGCCUAGGAUGGAGUUCAGGUGCUACAGAAGAUGCCUGAUUAUUAUUUUUUUUGUUCGUCCUUAUCUCCGUUUAUGAGACAUCGUUGUGCCUUAGGUGGAGGAGGGUGGAGAUUAUAUACUGCCACUCCCCAGGCCGCAGGUGUCACGAGUGAUGAUGGGGAAACAUGCUGAUCUGCAGAGACUCAGACGUCCUGACUUAAAAACGUCUCAAACACCACCCUGUCCGGGCAACGCCCAGUCACCACCUGAGCCGCAUUGCAAAGCAGCCCAUCGACACGCUGUGCGCGGCAAACAUGCGGCGCAUCACGCUAAAUACGUCACACACAGACGAGGCACAUCAUGCAAAGCAUUCUGAUGAAUGUCUUGGAUGACCGGCCGCGCUACAGCAUGACAACGCAGAGCAAGGCGCCCUCACUACUGCAAAUGUUUAGAAAAUCCUCGACGGCUUUCCUGUAACGAUGUUGUGUGUUGCUUGUUUAUUUUGUCGAAAGAGAGCCGUGCUGUUUUGGUAUCAGUGUCAUGAAAAAAAAUAAGCUGCUGCAUAUACAUGCGAAAGCACAAACAUGCUGAUGUAUGUGCGGAUUGCGGGGAAUGAGUGGUGAGCCGCAUGCAUUUCCUGUGUGUGCAGCGCCUCCCAGUCUUGGACAUUAAGAGCAUUUACACGCACACACCCACACUGUUGGAAGAAGCACAUUAACUGAUUAGCGUCCUGUAUGCCUGUAAUUCUGCUUGAUCUCCCAGUGGUUUUCAGUCUCUGAGCACUGAGAUCUAAACCUAACCCUAAACCUAACCCUAACCCUCUGCAGAACACAGCGCUGACCUGUGCCUCUCCUUUUUUUUUUUCUUGUACACCUGAA